AUGGGUUUAUGUAUUGGCUCAUUAGGUUCAUCAAUAGCGUGUUUAUUUGGGAAUGCAUUUUGCUCACUUUGCUGUGCAGCAUGUCCGGCAUGUAAAGGCUCAACAUCUUCACGCAUUGCAUAUGGUCUUAUUCUUCUUGUUGGUCUUAUCACAUCAUGUGUUAUGUUAAUCCCCGGCCUGGAGAAAACUUUAGCGAAGAUUCCAGCAUUAUGUUCCGGAGGAUCGAAAUUAACAAAUCUGGUUGUGCCUUCGAUGCCUUCGAUUGAUUGUCAAAAGAUUGUUGGAUCUCUAGCGGUAUAUCGGCUUUCAUUCGGAAUGACGAUCUUCUUCUUUAUACUGUCAUUAUUGAUGAUCAAUGUCAAAUCAUCGAAAGAUUUUCGAGCGAAAAUUCAAAAUGGGUUUUGGGGAUUUAAAUUACUGGCGCUGAUUGGUUUAAUAGUUGGAGCGUUCUUUAUUCCGGAACAUGGAUUUUCGCAAACAUUCAUGGUCUUUGGCAUGAUCGGCGGAUUUCUUUUCAUACUAAUUCAGUUGCUUCUCUCUAUUGAUUUCGUUCAUUCAUGGAAUGAAUCAUGGAUUGAUCGUGUUGAAUCGGGUUCGAAAAAAUACGGCUACGGUUUAUUAUUCUUUACUUUUCUUUUCUACGCACUAUCGAUCACUGGCAUCGUACUUUUCUAUAUCUAUUACGCACCAGAUCGUAGUGUUUGCCGUUUACAUACCUUCUUCAUCUCAUUCAAUUUAUGUUUAUGCUUUGUCUUAUCAAUUGUAUCGAUUCUACCACAAGUUCGAGAACACAACAGUUCGUGCGGAUUACUUCAAUCAUCGUUUGUCAGUCUUUACGUGAUUUAUUACACAUGGUCAGCGAUGAGUAACAAUCCAAAUGUGGCUUGUAAUCCAAGUAUUCGUUCAAUCAUUCAUCCAGGCAAUUCAACCACACCGAGUCCUACACCGACACGUCAGCAGAAUAUCUUCGAUCCAAUCACUAUAAUCGGUUUGCUCAUGUUUACCAUCGCACUGUUCUAUUCAGUAUUCACAAGUUCAAGAAAUCAUCGAGCGAAGAAAUUGUUUUUAUCGUCAUCGAACGAUUAUUCAACCAUGCUAGAUGACGCAUCCAUCUCAUCAGAUCGAAAUUUAGUAGGUGAUGAUGAAGGAGAAGGAACUCGUCAACAUGUUUACGACGAUGAAUCUACUGCAGUCUCGUAUAAUUACUCAUUGUUUCACUUCUUGUUUGUUCUGGCAACACUCUAUGCCAUGAUGACACUUACUAAUUGGUAUGAACCUGCGAAAAAUUUCAGUACAUAUAACAACAACUACGCUUCGCUUUGGGUGAAAAUUGCUUCGAGUUGGAUUUGUGUGGUUUUGUACAUGUGGACGUGCGUCGCUCCAGCAUUAUUUCCUGAUCGGGAUUUUUCAUAA